AUGCAACUGGGUCGUAAGCAGACGCCUGAGUCAACUGUUGACAGGUUACAUGUCGGUGGGAAUAAAUGUCAACGUCAUGGUAACACAUGCUUGUCGGUUUCGGGUGGGCUGACACUGCGGGGUCACGAGUUGAAACGGUCAGGCAAAAGAUGGGAUGCCAAGGAUCUUCGACAUGAGGCCGGGACGAGCAGAACAUACAAUGUCUUCGGCGUCUUCUGUCCCAGUUAUCCCGGUAUUGCCCAGGCUCCGACUAUGGAUUUGGCACAUUCACAGAAGUUUCGUCUGCGUCGAUAG